AUGGGAUUUCCUGAGCUCCUGGACCAAGUUGGCGGCCUGGGCCGAUUCCAGUUUCUCCAGGCAGUGGCCCUGUUGGUGCCCAUCAUGUGGGUCACCACCCAGAAUAUGCUGGAAAACUUCUCUGCAGCUGUGCCCCGCCACCGGUGUCGGGUGCCCCUCUUGGACAACAGCACCACCCAAGCCAAUGGCCCUGGGACCCUGGACCCCAAGGCCCUCCUGGCUGUGUUCAUCCCGCUGGGCCCCGACCAGCAGCCCCACCCAUGCCGCCGCUUCCGACAACCACAGUGGCAGCUGCUGGACCCCAACGCCACAGCCACCAAUUGGAGCGAAGCUGCCACAGAACCGUGUGUGGACGGCUGGGUGUAUGACCACAGCACCUUCGCCGCCACCGUGGUAACCAAGUGGGACCUGGUGUGUGAUUCUCAGGCUCUGCGGCCCAUGGCCCAGUCUAUCUACCUGGCUGGGAUCCUGGUGGGUGCCGCGGUGUGUGGCCAUGUCUCAGACAGGUUUGGGCGCAGGGUGGUGCUGACCUGGAGCUACCUUCAGAUAGCUGUGUGGGGCACCGUGACCACAUUCACCCCCAACUUCCCGCUCUACUGCCUGUUCCGCUUCCUGGCAGCCCUCCCGGCGGCGGGCAUCAUGAUGAGCACGACCAGUCUCUUGAUGGAGUGGACAGCAGCGCAGGCUUCCCUCUUGAUGAUGACCUUGAACUCUAUGAGCUUCAGCUUCGGCCAUAUAUUGAUUGCCGCGGUAGCCUAUGGCCUACGUCACUGGACGCUGUUGCAGGUGGCCCUCUCUGCCCCUUUCUUCCUCUAUUUUGUCUACUCAUGGUGGCUGCCAGAGUCAGCGCGGUGGCUGCUCUCCACGGGCAAGCUGGAUCUCGGCCUGCGGGAGCUGCGGAAGGUGGCCUCCAUUAACCGGAAGACGGCCGGAGACACCCUGACUAAGGAGGCCUUGCUCUCAGCCAUGAAGGAGGAAUUGCAUGGGGCUCGGGCUUCCGCCAGCCCCAGUGUCCUGUUCCACACGCCCAGCCUGCGCCUGCGCCUUUGGAUCUCCAUGCUAUGCUGGUUUGCCUUUGGCUUCACCUUCUAUGGCCUGGUCCUGGACCUCCAGACCCUAGGCAGCAAUGUCUUCCUGAUCCAGGUUCUCAUCGGGGUCGUGGACAUCCCCACCAAGAUAGGCACCAAGCUGCUGCUGGGCCGCCUGGGCCGCCGGCCCUCACAGGCCGGCUCCCUGAUGCUGCCUGGCCUCUGCAUCCUGGCCAACACGUUGGUGCCACACAACAUGAGUUCACUGCGUUCCACUCUGGCUGUGCUGGGACUGGGGUCCCUGGGGUCCACCUUCAGCUGCAUCACAGUCUACAGCAAUGAGCUCUUCCCCACAGUGCUCAGGAUGACGGCCGUGGGCCUGGGCCAGAUGGCUGCCCGAAUGGGAGCCAUCCUGGGGCCUCUCGUCCGGCUGCUAAGCAUCCACAGUCCCUCGCUGCCCCUGCUGCUGUACGGGGCAGUGCCGCUGCUGAGUGGCUUAGCUGCACUGCUACUGCCCGAGACCCGGAACUUGCCACUGCCUGACACCCUCCAAGACCUACAGAACCAGACAGUAAAGAAAGCGACACAUGACACACCAGGGCCCUCCAUCCUGGCAUCCACAAGACUCUAGCCAUCUACAAGCUCACGGCAGGGUGAAGAGGAAGAGGAGACAGCUUCCGGGGACAACAGAGAUGCUUGAAGGCCUCUGAUUCUGGGGACCCAGGGCUGCCCUCUCUUGGAGCCCCCUCACUGUCAGGAUCUCCCUCUGGCACAGAAAGGUCAAAGGACACUUAAUUGGCAGGUAUCUGCCCUAUGCACUGUCACCACGCUAACGCCCUCGACUUCUAUGGCUGCCUGGUCAGGGGACACCUCUCACUCCUCUCAGCCAGUGCCCAGCAGCCCCGGGGCUCACAGCUGAUUGCCGUCUCCCCUGGCUCAGCACCAGCUCAAAGUCUUAGCCCCUCAGUGUCACCCUGGCCUGUGGCAGCCUGGCCCAGUCACUUUGGCCCACAGCCACCCUCUCCACACUCUUGCACAGGCUUGGCAAUGUCCCCUGCCUGCAGUCCCUUGCCCACCUCCAUGCCUGACACUCUUUUCCAUGGCGCAGGGCCAGCCCAAGACCUGGUGACUCCCUGACCCAUGGUCACGGCCACGUACCUGUCUUCCUCCACCCACUGCCAAUGAGUCCCCCGGAGGCCAAGAGGCCUCAGGUAUAUCCCAGCGCUGGCUGGAGAUGUGUCCACAUGAGCAAUAGAAUAAAGAGUCGAGAAUGGGACAAGGUACAACUGCCACUCCGUGACACUUGCCAGGAGCCCCAGGGUCUCCCCUGGUGGACAGGGAAGAAGACUGAGGCCUUCUCCGGGCCAGCUGUCCUGCCCCAGGUGCUGGGCUCCUCAGAGGACCAGCUCCUUUCUCCUGAGCCUGGCACAGUAGAAGCUGCCUCACUUUACAGAUGGGAUGACCGAGGCUCACAGCAGGACUCAGGCCCUGAAACAUAAGCUGAAGUGCACAGCUCUGAUCACAGUGCCCUGGGCAGAUAGGGAUGCUUCUUGAGAGCAGUGGCAGGGCUUCCUCAUGCCUCCCAGAGGAGCCAGGGCCCCCCACAAUUUAAAAAAAGAAAGGCAGGCAGCACAGUGCUCUGCAGAGCCACUCCUGCAGGCAGCAGCUGGGUCCCCAGAGCCCAGGCACCCCGCAUAGAUGUGUGCACACAUGUGCACACACACAGAAAGGUCAACGGCUGGGCCUCAGGGGGCAGAAGCCCUGCCCCUGCCCCUGCCUGGUCUUAACUGCAACCCCUGACCUCCAGGCCAUGUUGGUUGGCCACUUGCCUAUGGCCACCUCAGCGAAGAGACCUAGACCAACACGAUGAAGCAGGAAUCAUGGAUGGGCAUGGUGGCGCCCACCUAGAACCCCAGCACUCAGGAGGCUGAGGCAGAAGGAUCAACAAGAGUUUAAAGUCAGCCUGAACUAAUGAGCUCAAGAUCAGGCUGGACUGCCUGGCAAGCUCGAGAUCCUGAGUUUGGUUCCUGGUACUAAAAAAAUUAAAUUAAAAGUAAAUAAAGCAGGACUCACGUCUGCAAAGAUACUCCAUGACAAGCCUGUCUGCACAUGC